AUGUUGGUUGAAAAUGUUGGCACACAAGGAGGGCAUGGAUCCAUGCCGAGUAGGACACCUGAUGCUGACAUGCGGAUGCACAUAGUAAGGGAUUGUUGUUUCUUCCCACCAAACGAGCUGUUAGUGAAACAUCGUGCUGAAAAGGAAGCGAAGAGGCAGGCUUUGAUGAAGGAACUGGAGUCUUUCAAGAACGGGGACUUGGAAUCCUUAAGCAGAACUAGCGCUGAGACGAAAGAUAUGAAGGUGGGGAAAUGUUUCUUGGUGUACAAUAAAUUCAUUAUAAUUCACUAACACUACCAGGACCUCCAUGGCCUCCACCAGUGUUAGAGUCGACUUGCAUCUUUAAUUACUGAGAAGGCGUUUCAUCUGCUUGCUAUAUCCGGCUCUAUUCUCUUCAGAGAGACUCUUUUUCAUUCCCGCCGCCAGCAAGACCAGCUCCACCAACCUGUUGAAAAGAGCAGCCGCGUUCGAUCUUUCGCUGAUUCCAGCAUCGGAGAUUGAACAAGGACACGGUCCUACAUUGGAGGCUGAACUUAAAUGGCAGAGGUUUCUUAGAACACCUUUUGUUGCGAAGCAUCCUUCUCGUCUUGGAGCUUGCGGAACGCUGAUUUCAGACGUGAUUCACCCUUGGCGACUCGAUGAGGCAGCGAGACUUCGAUUGGCCUAUACACACUUGAUGUCCGAAGCAUUGGUAAAAAAAGUGGCCUAUGCAGUGACUCACGGAAGCAUCGUAGCAGAAGUGCUUGGAGCACUGUACAAUGGAGAAGAACAGGGCAGAAGCGCUCUCGUGGUAGAGAUUGAGCGCUGGAAACAAGAGCAAUGGGUUCCGGCUACAAAAAUCGCCGAGGAACAGACUGGAGAUGGGUCUGCCCAAGAAGCAUCAGCAGCUUCCGGUCAUGGCGAUGGGUCAGCACCUCCAUGCAUUAAUGGUAAUACUAAUACCGGAGUCCAGGCUUCGGCAGUUACAGCUUCAAGUAACAAUGUCCCAUUACCUCUGCUGCCGCAUUGUUAUGAUUGGUUCUUUUAAAGUGGUUGGCGCUGCGAUAGUCGGGCUAUUAAGAUUAGCUUAGUUGUUCGUUUUCUACCCCCUUUUAUUGUCACUUCUCGAAAGAACAAGAAUGAAUAGAAAACAUCUAGCUCUACUGCUCACAAGACGUAUCUCCUCUAACCUUUGCUGGCACAUGUGAAGUUGCCCCAUCCAAAGGCAGGAAAACUGUCUGACACCGUACGCGAAAGUGCUCAACUCUUCCUUGAAGGAAACUCCGUAGACGCAGUAGCGGUGAAGAGGAGCAAGCAGAUUGCACCUAGCACAGUGGAAGGGCACUUGCUGACGGCCUUCAUGAAUGGUGUUUUCUCACCACAAAGUGGAGAUGUUCUCGAGAGGAUUCGGCAGGUCUGUUUGCCAUCAGGCCAACAGUGGCAGCAAAUAGAAGCAGCGUUUGCGGCAGCUGAUGUGGAUUGGAGCUCAGGAAAAGACACGAAACUGGUUGUGGAGCAACUGGGCGCGGACUCGUCAUGGUAUUCGAAGUUAUGGUAAUAUAAGGUAGAAAUUGUAAAUGCAGAAAUUGCUUGUUUCAGAUUGUGGGAGUAGCAAUAACGCGUUUCUUCAUCAAGAUCUAUGCCAAUACCAACUACGCGAUCCUGAACGACGCCUGUCACGCGUUCUCGGCCUGCAAACUUCUGAACACUCAGCGCUAAUCAGAAUUCGCUGGUACAAGUGUCUGAGGGAACUCGAGUAUCCGAUAGAAGAAGGUCUCACCGCAGCUUCAGUACCGACAUCUGGAAAAGGACCAGCACUAGAACAGAACGAUGGAGAGGAAGAAGCGGCAAAGAGGCGGAGGAUUAUGGCUGCUGCGUGAGGCGAUGCCCAAGAUAGUUGGAAGGGAAGAGGAAAGGUUCAGCUUCAGCAUUUUGACUGGAAGGGUGUUAGCUGAGAAACAUGUUGACUCUGUGCUUGCAGGCAAGACAGAAACAUUUUUUCGCGCGCACUCGUCCAACGCUAAUGCAGCAUAAGUACCUGCUUAUGAAGCACCGCGGCUUUGCUUUCAUUGUGUAUCACUUCUAAGCAUUGAAAAAACCCAAGAAUGUAGAAGG